ACGCUUUCUCUCUCUCUCUCAGUCUCUCUCUCCUCUCUGACGAGGGAACAUGUUGCCUAGGAGCAGCAGCAGCAGCAGUGUGCUACACGUGGAGACAACCUCUCUCUGUAAUAAACCAGGGACAGGAGGAAGAAAGAAGGAACUGUCUUUUUUUUCCUUGUCUGACCAGACUCUUUGAGGAAGAGGAGGAGAAGGAAGAGGAAAAGGCUCAGUACACAGAGGGAUUCAGGAUUUGAUUGUGACUAGGUGGACUAGCGAGAGGAGGAAAGAAGAGAAGAGAAGAGGAGGAGGAAAAGGAGGAGGAAAGGAGUCUUGAUUUGUUUGUUUAUCUAAUAAAACUCCACAAAGAGGAAGAGGAGGAGGAAAAAGAGAAAGAGCUAGUGGGUUUGGACUGGGAUAGUGGGUUUUGCACACCCCAAAGUCGCUACCAUGUGGCAGGAGGCCUUACGGACGCGGGGGCGCUACCUUUUGGAACGCGGGGGAGAGGGGGGAGAUGCGGGAGAGGGAGGAGAUGCCAUGGGGGAUGUGUUUGUAGGUUUUGGGGAGACCCCGACACAGGGACAGGUGUGUGUGGGUGUGCCGGGACAGAAGACCCAGGACUGGCUGUAUGAGUCCUACUACCGUAUGAGCCAACAACACCCUCUCAUCGUGUUCCUACUGCUCAUAGUGAUGGGAGCAUGCCUCGCUCUACUGGCUGUGUUCUUUGCCUCCGGACUGCUUCCUUCCUUCCUUCCUUCCUUCCUUCCUUCUUUCCUCCCUCUCUCUCUCUGUCUCUCUCAGCAGGGAGGUAAAGGAUCGUGGUGCUCUCUCCCCUGGCUCCCUACUUCCUCACGCAUCAUCAUCGCCAACAAACCCUGGCUCCGAUUGGUCCUCACCAUGACAACCACCGCUCUUAUACUGGUCAUGGCUGUGUUCAACAUGUUCUUCCUGGAAGAUGAGGUUUUGACCACACACCCUACCAUGAACCUGACCAAUGACAGCAUUCUCAGCUCCCACAGCCACACCCACCUCACGGAUGGAAAUAAGUUCUACUUACCUUAUUUUAUCUACUGUUGUAUCCUGGGUCUGGUGUCAUGUUCUGUGUUCCUGAGGAUCAACUACGAGCUGAAGAUGGUUGUCAUGCUAGUUGCCGUGGUGACCUACAACAUCAUCAUCCUCCAGACACACGCACACCUUCUGGACGGAUAUAGUACUGCACUCUAUAGCACACAGACUUUGGACAGGCCAGGCAUUCUAAAGGAUCUGAAGACGAUGGGUUCUGUGUCUCUCUUCAUCUUCUUCAUCACUCUACUGGUGUUAGCACGACAGAAUGAAUAUUACUGUAGGUUGGACUUCCUGUGGAGGGACAAGUUCAAGAGAGAGUGUGAGGAGAUCGAGACCAUGGAGAACCUCAACAGGGUUCUACUAGAGAACGUUCUACCGGCCCAUGUUGCAGAACACUUCCUGGGACGUAACUGGAAGAACGAGGAUCUGUACCACCAGUCAUAUGAGUCGGUGUGUGUGAUGUUCGCUUCCAUCCCAGACUUUAAGGAGUUCUACACAGAGUCAGAUGUCAACAAGGAGGGCCUGGAAUGUCUCAGACUCCUCAACGAGAUCAUCGCUGACUUUGACGAGCUGCUGUCCAAGCCUAAGUUCAGCGGGGUGGAGAAGAUAAAGACUAUUGGCAGCACUUAUAUGGCUGCUACUGGUCUCAACGCAACACCUGGACCUGAAUACACACAGGAACAUGACCGUCAGUACAUGCACAUCGGCACAAUGAUGGAGUUUGCCUUCGCUCUGGUUGGGAAACUAGACGUUAUCAACAAACACUCUUUCAAUGACUUCAGGCUACGAGUCGGGAUAAACCAUGGUCCGGUGAUUGCGGGGGUGAUCGGAGCUCAAAAGCCUCAGUAUGAUAUCUGGGGUAACAGUGUUAAUGUAGCCAGCAGGAUGGAGAGUACUGGGGUACUGGGAAAAAUACAGGUAACUGAGGAGACAAGUCGUAUCCUAGCGACGCUGGGCUACAUGUGUUCUUGUCGAGGCAUCAUCAACGUGAAGGGGAAGGGAGAGCUCAAAACCUUCUUCGUACACACGGAGAUGACCAGAUCGCUGUCUCAAGGGACUGUGAUGCCUUGAACAUCAUACACUGAACAUUACACAUACACACACAUGAACACACACACAUGCAAACACACUUAAACUAUACAAACAAAUGUAUCUACAUACACACUGAUAGACUUGCACGCACAUACACACACAUACGUGCAUGCACAAAUAAAGCACAUACAGACAUACGAGGACAUACACACACACGUAACACACGCACACAGUACUGCCUGCUGUAGUAGAAAGUAUCAAACAACAGACUUUGUUUACAACAGUAACUCCAGACCACUUAAUCUAAACCAGACAGAAUGGCAGACAGACAACAUUUAGAACAACAAACAGAACAACAGACAGACGGCUGUACAUACAGUAUUACCUGCAUCGUCCCUCCUUAGCUGGACACAGUAGUAACUGAACUUCACAGGGUAACGUUGUCCCUAGAUACUGAUCUUAGGUCAGUUUUGCAUUCCCCUCUCCCCUAAUGGUUAAGGUUAGGAUGUGUUUAGGGUAAGCUGAUCUUAGAUCUGUGCGCAAGGGAAAUUUCAACCUGGAGUGGAUUUCAUUGACUACCUGAGCGGUCGAGUGGAGCAGUGCAGACACAGAUAGUCGAAGCCAUCUUGGCACCGAUAGUCCUUUCACUAUUACAGUACUUUUAGUCAGAAUUCUAUUUAAAAUGUGGUGCCAACAUGAAGGGUUGUUUUCCAAGCUGUCUAUGGCUAGCCUCUCUCUAUGGCUCUGGAGCAGAAAGCGACGUGGACCUCAAGAGCAGUUGAGGAAUCAAGAGCUACUGGACUUUUGUAAGAAAACGAGAAAACAAUAUCAACAACAGGAGAAUGUUUCCAUGUUUUGACGCCAUAAUUUUCUUACUCAUUAAAGCAUUUGUAUAUAAGUGAACCAAUGUGCCUCAUGUCAUUGAAAGUCAACUAUUUAUGAUUUCACUGAAAAAGUCCACUAAGUAGUUCGAUAAAGAGGUAGUUUGAUCAAG